GUCAAUUCGUUAUGUCAAAUGUUGCCAAUACUGUGCUCAUUUCACGUUUUUGGUUUUUUUUUUAAAUUUUUAGCAGUUCUUAGAGGUUUUCUAGCUAUCAUAUUACGUUUUAUUUAUAUAUGUAGAGUGAAAAUAUAGGCUCAUAAAUAUUUUCAGAAGAAGAAAGCUACCAUACUUGCAGCAAGAUGACUAUUAUAGUGUUUCUAAUUGAUACCUCAGCUUCCAUGUUUCAAAGAACAUAUAUUGGAGGAAGAACAACACUACUAGAUGUAGCCAAAUCAGCAGUUGAGACAUUUGUAAAAAUUAGGCAAAGGAGCAUUGACAGUAGGAUAGAUCGCUAUAUGCUGUUAACUUUUGAGGAAAGUCCUAAUAACAUUAAAGCUGGGUGGAAGGAGAAUUUAGCUACAUUUAUGAAUGAACUUAAAAAUUUACAGUGUUAUUCUAUGACAACCAUGGGAGUGGCUGUCAAACAGGCUUUUGAUAUUUUAAAUAUUAAUAGGAUGACUUCGGGAAUAGAUACAUAUGGUCAAGGAAGAUGUCCGUUCUUUCUUGAAACUGCUGUGAUUGUCUUAAUUACUGAUGGCGGAAAACUCACAACUGUUAAUGGGGUACAAGAAGAAUUUAAUUUGCCAAUGACUUCACCAAUUCCUGGGUCUGAAAUGACAAGGGAACCUUUUAGAUGGGAUCAAAGGCUUUUUGCUCUGGUGUUAAGAUUAAGCGGUACGCCUGCUGUGGAGAGAGAUACAGGAUUAGUACCCAGCGAUAGCAGCCCAAUUGAUGCAAUGUGUGAAGUUACAGGAGGGAGAUCGUACUGUAUUACCUCACACAGAAUGUUAAAUCAAUGCAUUGACAGCUUAGUUCAAAAGGUUCAAAACGGGGUGGUCAUAAACUUCGAAAAAAUCGGUCCCGAUCCUCCGCCUUUGUUAUAUGACAAGGAAGAUGGAAAAGAAGAUUUCGAUAUGGAGGGUGACAAAAAUAUGCCUAAUAUGCCUCAAAACACUUUAUGGCACAACUGCCGAAAGAUGAUUUAUGUGCCAAAAACUAGUAAAUCUUACUGCGUUGGAUUUUGGCCAAUACCAGAGUCAUUCUGGCCCGAAGUUACUGCUAGUGUUUUACCUCCUAGGUCAGCUCAUCCUAAUGUUAAAUUCACUUGUCAAAAUUCAGAGCCAUUAGUUAUUGAAAACCUUCCUUUUGAUAAGUAUGAGUUGGAACCUUCACCUUUGACCCAGUACAUUUUGUCAAGGAAACAACCUAAGACUUGCUGGCAGGUAUUCGUAGCCAACAGUUAUAAAACUACGGAAGUAGGCCAUCCGUUCGGUUAUCUAAAAGCGAGCACUAACUUAAGCUGCGUAAAUCUUUUUGUAAUGCCGUAUAAUUAUCCAGUUUUGUUGCCGUUACUUGAUGAAUUAUUUAAAAUACAUAGAUGGAAACCACCGAAUGAGUGGAGAACAUCCUUUCAGAAUUAUACUAGAACCCUCCCUGCUUAUUAUGCUGGUCCAUUGCGAAGGGCACUAACCAGAAUGGGUACCCCAGUGGCUCUAGCUCAAACAUUGAUUCCGGAAAACUCCGAAAAUUGCCUCAGCUUUUCAGUACAAAAUUAUCUAAAACGUGUUAAACUCCAGGCUAAGAACGAACACGACAAAUUAUGCGGGGAAAUUAUUCAACGGCAAGCAAAUGCCAAUAAUUUGAAAUCACAUUUUAACCAGCCGGAACAAAUUAGAGUGAUACCAGUAAUUACCUUAAAGAAGGAAUUAAUAAGUCAUCCUUUGCUGCAAGAUAAGUUCCAGGGUCUAAAGGACCAAAUCGUUGAGCAAGGAAAUGUUUUCAUUAGUACGUUGGAUAAAGAGAGACAAACUGUUAGCUUUAAGAAUCCGUUCGAUAUACCCCGAGAUAGACUGAUUCAACAAGUACUUAGAAUGCGAAAUAAUUUCCUACAAAUGGAUUGGAUAUCUCAGGAUUUAGAUACCGCCCAUUCGUUGCCAAUUUCUCAGAUGGGUAAUUAUCAAGAAUAUCUUAAAAAACAAACGCCGCAGCUCAGGGAAAUUGAAUCUGCCCCUGUUAGGCAACACAUGUUUGGAAAUCCGUUUAAGAUUGAUAAGAGAAUGAUGGUCGAUGAAGCUGAUAUAGAUUUAAUGGGCUCACCGUCUGGUACAAGCCGUAGCAACAAGAGACCAAAUCAAAACAUAGAUGUAGGUGGUAGGUUACCCGUCAAACGUAAGCCUGGACCUUUGCCCAAGAACUUUAGUAUACGAAAGCCUAAUGGUUCAGACAUCUCUCCAAUGCCUAGUCCUCCUGCGUCGCCCGCGCCCAGUCCAGUGUCUUGGCUUAGUGUAAUAGAAAAAGAACUACCGCGCAUUGAAGAUACCCCAAAUUACGUCAUGAACGGUUUAGACAGUGCGGCCUCUACUGAAAGGUCACGCUCUCCUUCGCCGACGUUAGAGCUUCCAGCUUUUGAUGCAGUGUUUUCAAAUCCAACGCAGCUUUUGUCUGGUGGAACGACAGCUGCACCUAAAAAUAACUUUAAUUACUCUACAUAUUCGACGCCGUCCGAGUCAGUUCCAGAAAAUGACUACGAUAGCAUGUCAGCAAUGGAGAGCACAAAUAAAGAAAUAUCUCAGAUACUCAAGGAAACGAAUUACAAUCAUAACAAUAGUAACAACGAAACAUUUAGUACCAAUAAUUAUUACACGCCAGAAAAAGAAAAAGAAAAGGAUAUUGGAAAACCUAAGGUCCGUGCAAAAGAGGUAAUAGAAGAGAACAAACAGGAGAUCGACAAUCAAAACUUCGAAAUACGAAAAAAUCUAAACAAAUUAGUGCGGAAACCGGGUAAAAACUUUUCGGAACUUUUCGAAAGUUUAAAAACUUUAAAAGGUGAUACGGAUACUCAAGUGGAAAUUGUGAAAUUAAUCGUUAAGGAGAGUCUGAGAUUUAAGAGACAACAGUUGGCAAAAAUGUUGGAAGAUCACAUACAGAAUAUGCUUACAGUUGAAAGUACCUAGCUAGUGGAAACACUUUCACAGAUUUAUCCUACAGCUACAGAAUUGGUAUCUCUACUAUUUCAAGAAUUGUCAAAAACGUCUGUACCAGCAUUUUGACUGAAAUGAAAAAUUAAUGCAUUCCACAGCCAACAACCGAAAAGCUGAAAGAGAUUGCCAAUGAGUUUGAAGAGAGGGCCAACUUCCCGCACUGUUUCGGUUGCGUUGAUGGGAAACACAUUCGAGUGAUCAAAUCUGAGCACACUGGAUCAUUGUGCUUUAACUACAAGGAAUAUUUUUCUAUUGUUUUGAUGCCGGUACCUGACAGUCAAUAUCGAUUUGUCUAUGUAGAUAUUGGCUCCUAUGGAAAAGAAAAAUCCUACUAUAUUCAGUAACCCAUCUUUUUGGAGGGCAAUUAAGAGCAGAAAGCUAAAUCUACCGAAUCCCGAACCUUUACCAAAUGACCAACAAGUUAUUAUUCCAUACGUUUUAGUAGGCGAUGAGGCUUUUGGUUUGCAUUAUCAUCUAAUACGCCCCUUUGGAGGAAAUAUGUUAAGUGUCAAAAAACGUAUAUACAAUUACCGUUUGGAUAGAGCAAGAAGGUUCGUAGAGUGUACCUUCAAAAUUCUAUCAAAUAAAUGGAGAACUUUUCAUCGACCACUUAAUGUAUCUUUGGAGAUGGCAACAUUAAUCACUCAGGCAUGCUGUGUGCUUCAUAAUUUCAUUAGAAAUAGAGAUGGCUACGUAUUCGAAGGUACCUUCCCUAUUACAGGAUUCCAAGAUAGCCCUGAACAACCGCAAAUGCAACGUGGGAACUUGCAAGCGAAAGAUGUACGUGAAAAAUUUGCUAAAUACUUCAUGAGUAGCAGAGGAUCAAUACCAUGGCAAACGAACAAGAUAUAAAUACCUACCUACAUAUAAAUGUUUCAUUACUUCACGCUGUUAUUAGACCGAAAUAAAUAUACUAAAAAAGUU